AUGUUACACAUUGAACUAUUUAACUGUAGCGAAAUCAAAAAGUUAAUAUCGGUAUAUUGUCCACCAUCAGUGAAUACACGACCUCAAGAUUGGGAAGAAAUAUUUUCCAUAGCUUCUAGAAAUACUCUUAUUAUUGGUGAUUUUAACGCGCACCACACCAACUGGUCUCGGAAAAUAGAUUCAAGGGGAACUCAAAUACUUGAUGCGUUAGUUAAUGCUCAGUUCGUUACGGUUAAUGACUGCACACCGACUCGUAUUAAAAUGGUUCAGGGUGUAUUCCACCAAUAUUCCCCUGAUAUAGUUUUUGCAUCAUCAGAUAUAGCACUUAAAGUAAAUUUUCAAGUUUUAAAUGAAAUGUUGGGGAGUGAUCAUUGUGUCAUAAAAAUUUCUACUAAGAUUAAACCUGCCAUGAAUUCUAUAGUUAAACGUAAUUAUAAGAAAGCUGAUUGGGAUUCAUAUAAAAAGCUAUUAGAUCGAAUGUAUGCUAAUCUCUGUUUUCCUGAUGAUCUCCAGCAGGCUUAUAACUUAUUUAUAGAUUAUAUGAAUAUUGCAGCAGAUUUGCAUAUUCCCUGUAGCAAAAUUAGUCGAAACCCAUCCACUAAAUUUACUCCAAGAGCCUAUUGGAAUGAAAAUUUGUCUAAGGUGGUGGCCGAACGCCGUCUGGCUUUAUCGACAUUUCGCCGGAAUCCAACUCCUGUUAAUUUUGACAAUUUAAAAGAAAAAAUACGAAUAGCACAAUCACGUUUCCGUAAGUCUAAGGACUUUAGCUGGUAUGACUUUUGUUCAUCUUUUGUCCAAACGACAUCGAUGUACGAUGUGUAUCGAAAAAUGCGUUGGGUGAAGGGUAUUAAGUCUCCAUCCACUUACAUUGAUAGGGAUACAGCCUAUAAGUUGCUGCAAUGUUUAGCCCCUGACUUCGUGAUGCCAAACAAACCAGUUUUCAAAUCCCAAAACUUGAAUUUAGAUUCUCAAAUAACAUUUUCUGAAUUAAAAAAUAGUAUUAGAGCAAAAGACUCUAGUCCAGGUUGUGACAACAUAUCUUAUAGUUAG